AUGAAAGGAGUAUCGCUACACAAUCUCCCAAUUAAAGACCUAAAUAAUCCUCUCCUUCUAGGGGAACUCCGGGACAUGUACAACCUGCUUACGGAAAACGGGGUUCUUCAUGGGGAUCCAAGGCUCCACAAGUUUCUACGUGUUUAUCAGAGGAUCGUUGCGAUCGACUUUGAGCUUUCCGAGCCUCUUACCAGUAAAAUAACUAAUGAGCAUGGAUUGGAGACGUUAAAGGAUGAUAUUAAGAGACAGGUAAGGGAGGCACAGGGAACUCGUAUCAGGCAGCAGCCUCCCUGCCGAACCUCGGCGCAACGUCGCGGCCCCCCUAAAACCAUGCCUCCCUCCGCUUAG